UUUCCUCUCAGGCGUCGACUGCAAGCUGUGGAGCUAUUACUCUCUCGGGGCAGCAAUGUCAACGAGAAGACCAACAGCGGAUAUACUCCUCUCCAUUUGGCUGCAUGGUCAUCUCCGGAAUGGACAGAUGGUGUAAAAGCUAUAAUGAACCAGAGCGCUGUUGAGGUUAAUCCUCGAAAUGAAGAUGGUCGAACACCGCUGCACUUGGCCUGUUGGUUGGGACACUUGCACACUGUCGAAAUUUUGUUGGGUCACAAUGGCAUUGAUGCCAAUGUGGUUGCCAACAAUGGAGACACACCACUGCAUGAGGCAGUUCGGAGUUCUUGCAGGCGAAACAAUGAAUUGGUGUCUCUCUUGCUGAACCAGGAUUCGGUGAAUUUAGAAAUUGUGAACAAAGAAUAUAGGACACCAUUGCUUGAAGCUGUUUCGGACGGUCACCUCGGAAUAAUGCAGCGGCUGAUAGCCAGGGGCGCGAAUGUAAAUGUUGUCGAACAUGGAGGAAAUAAUUGCCUGCAUCUGGCGUUAAAAAGAGAAAACAACUUUCAUUCUGAGGUGGAGCACAUGACCAUGUUAGAUCAGGUAAGUUUUCACAUUGUUUGUGACUAUGUGUGUGUGUGUGUGUGUGUGUGUGUGUGUGUGUGUGUGCAUUUGUGCGUCUGUGUGUGUGUGUGUGUGUGUGUGUGUGUGUGCAUUUGUGCGUCUGUGUGUGUGUAAAAUAGACAAACUGACAGAGAAAGACAGACAGAAACAGACAUUGUUUAUAUCGCAAUUCU